GUAAGCCAUGACGUUCCGUCCCCCUGGGCUUCGAUUCGGUAUUGAUUUAGUGGAAGCUGCUCUUGCCGAACGCCAGUUCCUACGGAUCGUGGACGAUUAUCCAAGUUUAUACGCCGGUCCUCACGUUCGAAAUGCAAUCAGAAGGUAUGAACUUCUCUGGCUGCCUUUGCUUGCUCGGCAUGCCACUUGUACCAACAAUUGGUCUAGUACUUUGAAUGUCGCAGCACCACUUGACAUCGCCUGGGUGUGGCAUGUACACAUGCUAUCCCCCGUCGAUUACCAGAGGGAUUGCAAUCAAAUUGUCUCCACUCGCUUGGAUCACAACAUACUCAUCGGAGAGCAACGUCAGAGAGGGCUUGUAAGGGCCAGGGCCUUAUGGGAAGAGCUGUAUCCUGAGGAACCUUUUGAGGUUGACCUGACGGCCCCUGUUAGCAACACGCCACAUUUCGAAUCAAGAUUUGAGUAUGACGUCGAAGCUGCUUGUGCUCGACAGCGGGUUUUUAAUUAUCAGGUGUCCUUACCUCACUAUGCGGAUAAGAAAUUCUUGACGAAGGCGGUGGAGAGGUACAAAUUACACCUUUAUCUAAAGCAGCAAAAUCCACAGACGUUUUUUGUACCGUGCUAUGACUUCGACCUUAUUUGGCACGCACAUCAGGUUAAUCCGGCAAUCUACACAGAAGACACCACGAAAAUCCUGGGUAAAUUAUUCAAUCACAAUGAUUCGGUGAACGACCGAAAGCCUGGUUCAAAACUUAGUAAGGCUGAAACAGUAACACGAGAGAAAUGGGGAAACCUGGGCCAUCAAUUUGCAGUUAAUGGAGCUAUGUUUCGCGGAGAGCCUCCUCUUUGUGCCACAACGCCGAAAGAAUCCAUUGAUUACAGUUGUCAUGCAGCAUUUGAGUACACUGUGGACGUGACCACGUUGGAAGUUGAAGGUCUCCCAAAACCGAAAACGUACACCGUCAAAAUUGAUGUCGUCAAUGGCCCGCGAGUGCUUAAGGUGCAAGUUCGUGGACCUACUGCAAGACUUACAAAGUCUAAUGGUGUGUUAGCAAGGUUUACAUAUAAAAAGAAGAAAAGAGAGAUUUUGAGGGUUCGUAUUAAGCAACAUGGAACUUGCUCUUGCUUUACACAUUUAAUGGACGAGUCUGCCGAGUGUUCCGAAGAUUUGAUUGGGGAAGUAGCGUCGUACAUCAACCGGAAACGCACGAGAUUUGGCUGGGAAAGUAACGUGGUGCCACAACCAGAAACGCACGAGUUAACUGUCGCUGAAAACCUGAUUGUUCGGUUUACUACUGUGGUCCAAUCCCAUCGGCCAGAUGAAUACGAAUUUACUGUGUUGCCAAAGGAGGACUUCACUCCAGUCCGAGAAGCUGCCUCGAUUUUGAGCUCACCAGCACUGUUCCUUUCGCCUUUUUCUUUGAACCAAACCCUCGCUUCUAGUGAAAUGUCUUUGCAUCCGAUAUCCGACUUUUGGGGACAAGAAGCGUUUACCUGCCGGGUGAUGCACUCCGCCGAGUUGUUGUUCUCCUCCGUAGAGGUCAUUAACCCUGUCGGCGAUGUUGUGAGCACCGCGCACCUUCUACGCGGAAAUGUCCUUCCGACUAAGGAGCAAGUCGACCAGCCCCAUGACUUGUGUUGCACUUUGGAUGAAGCAGCAGGAGAAAGAGCAAUGCUCAUUAGAGGGAGCAAAGACUGGGGCAUCUGUAUUGGCAAAUGGAAAGGAGUUGUAAAGGGUCUCCCUGGCAUACCUGGAAUAGCACCGUCUGAACGCAGUCCAGGCGUUAAAGGAAAGCCUGGCGUGAAGGGCCAACCAGGUUAUUUGAACAUCGAGUUCUUCUCGGUGUCCGGAGCACAAGAGUGGAAAGUUGUACAGAACCAUGGAGAAAACUUCAAGGUGCCUUUAAGCGAAAAAGAGAUAGUCUACGUAAACCUUCGAACUGGAGUGAUCUCUUUUCCAUCCGAGGUAACUGCCGUCCCAGAAAGCAUUGCACUGGGGUUCUCUAUAGCUGUCCUUCAUCUUCUGUGUCAGCCUAACCCUUCGAGCGGUGUUACCGACUACACGAGGCCAUCAGCCAUGGUUUCAAGCCAGAAAGACAAACCUCGUAGAAUCUGUUGUGAAGAGCUAAUGCUGGUAGUAGCCGCAGGGUUCUAUGGCACCACUGUGCCCAGCAACGCAUAUAUUAAGCACCAACUUGGAGGUGCCUGUGGUGGCUGUGGUGGUUGCGGAGGUUGUGGAGGCUGUGGAGGUUGUGGAGGAUGUGCAAGUGGUGGAGGAUGCGGUAGCUGCGGUGGAUGUGGUGGGUGUGGGUCAUGCGAUGGCUGUGGAGGUUUCGGAGGAUGUGCAAUUAGUGGAGGAUGCGCAAUUGGUGGUGGAUGCGGUAGCGGCGGUGGAUCUGGUGGGUGUGGGUCAUGCGGUGGCUGUGGUUGUGGCGGCUGUGGGGACUAAGGCUUGUUUACUUACUAAAUAAUGAUGAACUAAAAGGCUGUGGAACUGAGGAACUUGAAAAUAAUACGUAUAAGUACUCGAAAAUAAGCCUGCCCUUGCGGACAACUGACAAAAUUGUCUUCUGAUAUGAUUGAUGAAGGUGACAUCCUGCGUGAACCGACUCUAGUGCGUUUGUGCAUAGUCCUGAGUAAUUAUUUUUAACCUAUGCGCAUUCAUUUCGAAUAGGACUGUCCGAAUUAUAAUGGUGGAACUAAGCCGUUUUUUGGUAAAACUUUGGAAGUGUUUCAAGGAUACUCUUCAAUUAGGUAUACAAGUUUGUAAGAUUGAAAACUUAUGCGACCAUACCGAUGUACAUUUUCAAAUUGGUGAUUCGCAGUCUUUUGUUCCCAAGUUUGAAAUGUUUCUUUUAAUUCGAUAGAAAGUUAUCCUCUUGACACCAGAGGUAAGAAAUACUAUGUAGUUACAUGAAAUGCGAUUUGAAUCUCGAUUUUAUGGUAAAAGUAGAGAGCACGCACCUAUGUAAAUUUAUAGUUGGUAGUUGAAAUUAUGAUAACUUGUGGGUUAAUCAGGAGUCAUGAUUUAUAUAGAUAGAACAAACACAAUGAAAUUUCUCUUGCUUGCUAUCUACGUACGAUUCAAGGUGAUGCAUGUAAUUUUGCUAUUGUUACUUUAGGAAGUUAUAACAGUAGAUGAAUGUUUUUGAAGUUGUCGCUGAAAAUUAACCAAGGAACACUGAAGUUGUUCAGCCAAGUUUUAUGCGGAAAACGAUUUGUUUUGGCCACGUUUUUUUACGUGCAUAGCACGAUUCUUGCUUAUUUUUCUAGGAAAGUAAUUCUGGUGAUUGCCUUACAUGGAUUGAUAUUCAUGUAAGCGAAGUACUCUCUCGGAAGGAUAAGGCUAUUUCAAAGUGGUUCCUGGACUCAUUGAAGAAAAUUUUCAGUUUAAAAAAAAAACU